AUGGUUGCUGUUACUGGUAUUGUUACUGCUGGUGCCUCAGCCCUCGGUCUAGCCGCCGCCAUCGCAUCCAUGCAUCUCCCCACCAAAACCUACCGCGUCGAACGCAAACGACGUCUUUCCCAACCCGCUGAUCAAGAACAGGGUGACAUGGCUCGUCUUGCGUUGCAGAAAACUAAUUCGGCGGGUUCGAUCACUGAGAAGGUCACUACGAAGAGUGGGUUUCAACCGGGAAAGAAGGUUUUGGGGAAGGUUAAGGAGUAG